UCCAUUUCAUUAUGCAUUGGAUGGAAAAUAUUACAAAGCAAUUGUAAUACUUGGAAAAUAUUGUGUAAAUACCAUCAAGAAAGAAACCUCAACUAAAUAUAAAAUUACAUCUAAUUAAUAAUAGAAAUGUAAUAGCAGAAUAUUCUAUAUCACAAAAUUCUAAUGAAAUGUAAUGAUGAAAGAUAAUAUGAGGAAGAUAUUAUUAACUCUGCAAGCUUUGAGGAAUUCUAUGAAUAUAUAAGAUAAGAUACAUCUAUAAUUUUUAUAUUAUCAUACUGUGUACUUAGAACUGUGUAAGAAGAUUAUACAGUGAUCCAAGAUACUUAUGACUAUAAUAAGAAAUUAUUUUAUCAAGUUAUAUAUCUAUUUGUGCAAAUUAUAUAAAUUUACUUGUUUGAAUUCAGUAUUUCUUGAUAUGGUAACAUAAAACGAAUUGAAAUUAUGAUAUAUAUUUGAACACUUAAAAAAUGAAAAUCAAAAAACAGAAGAUAUUGCAAUACAGAAAAAUACAUGGAUUACAAACGAUGGUAGUGAUUAUUGCCGAGUGUCCACAAGUAAUAGAUAUUUUAAUAUACGAUCGGACUUCAAUAACGAAACACUUUCUUUCAACGUUUCAAGUACUCAUUCAAACUUUUAUUUAACCAGCACGACAUUUGAUGAAGUGAUUUCUAAUAUUGAAGAUGAAUGAAAAGAACGUUGGUAUUUCACAAGAAACAUUAGUUUCCAAUACUGAAGAUGUACCUGCUAAAAAGUUGCCCCAGUAUAUUGCCAGUUUAUCAUCAACUCUUGGCGCAUUAGCAGUUGGUAUGGUAUUGGGAUGGACUGCUGUUGCUGGUGCUGAUGGAAAGAAAUUAACAGAUUCAUAUAAUAUACCUAUUACUUCAUCUGAAUUUUCAUGGAUUGGUUCAUUAACUACACUUGGAGCAGCAGCGAUAUGUAUACCUAUUGGAAUUCUUGCUGAUGUAAUAGGAAGAAAAUAUACCAUGCUUCUAAUGGUAAUACCAUUUACCAUAGGUUGGCUGGUUAUAAUUUUGGCCAAUUCCGUAACUAUGUUUUAUAUUGGUAGAUUUAUUAUUGGCUUUAGUGUCGGAGCUUUUUGUGUAGCUGCACCUAUGUACACAGCAGAGAUAGCUGAAAAUGAGAUUCGUGGCAGUUUAGGAUCUUAUUUUCAGUUACUUCUUACAGUAGGUAUUGCAUUAACAUACAUUUUAGGAAGUUCUGUAGAUAUGCGUGUGCUGUCUAUUGUAUCUGCCGUUGUGCCAUUUAUAUUUUUUGUAAUUUUUAUGUUUAUGCCAGAAACACCCAUCUAUUAUUUAAAAAAAGGCAAUGAAGAUGCUGCCAAAAAAAGUUUAACUAAAUUACGUGGUACUCAAUACAAUGUAGAGAACGAAUUACGUGUAAACCGAGAGGCACUAAAAGAAACUCGUGAAAAGACAACUUCUGUAUUCGUAUUACUUAAAUCUAAAGCUACCAAGAAAAGUUUCGUGAUUUCGUAUGGCCUCAUGUUUUUUCAACAAUUAAGCGGUGUAAAUGUUGUUAUUUUUUAUGCCAGUACCAUUUUUAGUCAAGCUGGCAGUGGUAUGGAUGAUAAUUAUUCCGUUAUUAUUAUAGGUAUAAUACAGGUAUUAGCUGUCUUUAUAAGCACAUUAGUUGUAGAUCGUUUAGGUAGAAGAAUAUUGUUAAUGAUAUCUGCAAUAUUCAUGUGCUUAACAACUUUAGCUCUGGGGCUGUAUUUCUAUCUUACAGAAAUUAAAGUGGAUGUUAGUGCAAUUCAAUGGUUACCUUUAAUAUCUAUAUGUAUCUUUAUUGUUAUGUUUAGUAUUGGUUUUGGUCCUCUCCCAUGGAUGAUGAUGGGAGAAAUAUUUGCACCAGAGGUAAAAGGUGUAGCUGCGAGUAGUGCUUGUGUUUUAAAUUGGUUACUAGCUUUUAUUGUAACUAAAUUUUUUGAUGAUUUAAAACAAGUAAUGAAUAUGGGGCCUACAUUUUGGUUGUUUUCUGUAGUUAGUGCCAUUGGUACUCUCUUUGUAUAUAUAUUAGUUCCUGAAACAAAAGGCAAAUCUUUGAUAGAAAUUCAAAGAGAAUUGAAUUCUUUGUGAUAAUUUUAAGACUUGCUACGAGUAUAAGCGUAGAUUUAAGAAUAUGUAAAUAUUUGUAUAUUAUAUAUUCGAACAAAUAAAAAGUAGAAUUUCA